AUGCACUGGGUAGAGCCCAACCUGCCCGCCGCCACGCGGCUCCAUCACCUCCACCUGCAUGGGCAGCCUGCGGUGAAGCCCUGGGCCCGGAAACGCGGCCUCUGCGCAUCCGGCCUCAGCCUGCUUCCGGCAGGGUCCGGGCCUGGCCCUCUGGCCCAGGUUCUCCGCUGUCCUCACCCAGCCUGCCCUUCGCCAGGGGGACACUACAUUCCUGCUAAGGCCAAGGUGCCCGGGAGCUGUUUGCUCACUGUUCGUGUCCUACAGGCCCAUGGGCUGCCUUCCAAGGACCUGGUGACUCCCUCUGACUAUUAUGUCACCCUCUGGCUGCCCAUGGCCUGCAGCCACAGGCUCCAGACGCGUACAGUGAAAAACAGCAGAAGCCCCGUCUGGAAUCAGAGCUUUCACUUCCGAAUCCACAGCCAGCUAAAGAACAUUCUGGAACUGAGGGUCUUUGAUCAGGACCUGUUGACCCAAGAUGACGCCGUAUUGUCAGUGCUGUUUGACGUGGGAACUCUGCGGCCUGGUGACUUCCAGCGGGAGAGCUUCUCACUGUGCGCCCAGGGUGCAGAGCGACUGGAAGUAGAAUUUCGGCUUCAGAGUCUGACAGACUGUGCCGAGCAGCUAGCCAGCAACAACAUCCUGGUGGCGCGGGAGCUGUCCUGCCUGCAUGUGCGCCUGGAAGACACGGGGGACCAGACUGGGUUGGAAGGCAGAGUUCAGCUGGUAGUCCCUGGAGCCUGUGAGAGUCCACAGGUGGCCUCCGUGGGCUCUGGGCCCUUUCACUUCCACUGCCCUGCCUACUGGGAGCAGGAGCUGAGCAUUCAUUUACAGGGGGCCCUCCAGGAGCAGCUGAAGGUACCCCUGAGGGCCCUGCCCUCUGGCCAAGUGGUGCGGCUAGUCUUCCCCACGUCCCAGGAGCCCCUGAUGAGGGUGGAGCUGAAGAAAGAGGCAGGGCCUAAGGAGCUGGCUGUGCGGCUGGGCUGCGGGCUGUGCACAGAGGAGCAGGCCUUCCUGAGCAGGCGGAAGCAGGUGGUGGCCAAGGCCCUGAAAGAGGUGCUGCAGCUGGACAGAGACCUGCAGGAGGAUGAGGUCCCAGUGGUAGCUGUUAUGGCCACUGGAGGUGGCAUCCGGGCUAUGACUUCCCUGUAUGGUCAGCUGGCUGGCCUGCAAGAGCUGGGCCUCUUGGAUUGUGUCUCCUACAUCACAGGGGCCUCAGGCUCCACCUGGGCCCUGGCCACCCUCUACGAGGACCCUGAGUGGUCCCAGAAGGACCUGGCGGGGCCCACAGACUUGCUGAAGAGCCAGGUGACCAAAAGCAAGCUGGGCGUGCUGGCGCCUAGCCAGCUGCAGCGGUACCGGCAGGAGUUGGCCGAGCGUACCCACUCAGGCUACCCGUCCUGCUUCACCAACCUGUGGGCCCUCAUCAAUGAGGCACUGUUGCAUGGCCAGCCCCGGGAACACAAGCUCUCGGACCAACGGGAGGCCCUGAGUCAGGGCCAGAACCCUCUGCCCAUCUACUGUGCCCUCAACACCAAGGAGCAGAGCCUGACCACCUUUGAAUUUGGGGAAUGGUGUGAGUUCUCCCCCUACGAGGUCGGCUUCCCCAAGUACGGGGCCUUCAUCCCCUCCGAGCUCUUUGGCUCCGAGUUCUUCAUGGGGCGGCUGGUGAGGAGGCUCCCCGAGUCCCGCAUCUGCUUCCUGGAAGGGAUCUGGAGCAAUCUGUAUGCUGCCAGCCUGCAGGACAGCUUGUACUGGGCCUCGGAGCCCGGUGAGUUCUGGGACCGCUGGGCCCAGCACCGCGCCAGCCUCGACAAGGAGCAGGUUCCCUUCCUGAAGAUAGAGGAGCCACCCUCAGCAGCCGGCCGUAUCGCUGGGUUUUUCACCGACCUCCUGAGCAAGCGCCCCCUUGCCCAAGCCACCCAUAAUUUCCUGCGCGGCCUGCAUUUCCAUAAGGACUACUUCCAGCACCCUCACUUCUCCGCCUGGAAAGCCACGAAGCUGGACGGGCUCCCCAACCAGCUGACACCCGCAGAACCCCACCUUUGCCUGCUGGAUGUCGGCUACCUCAUCAAUACCAGCUGCCCACCCCUCCUGAAGCCCACCCGGGACGUGGACCUCAUCCUUUCACUGGACUACAACCUUCAGGGUGCCUUUCAGCAGCUGCAGCUCCUGGGCCGGUUCUGCCAGGAGCAGGGCAUCCCGUUCCCACCCAUCACACCCAGCCCAGAGCAGGAGCGCCAGCCGCAGGAGUGCCACCUCUUUGUUGCCCCCGACCAGCCUGAGGCCCCUGUAGUGCUACACUUCCCUCUGGUCAACACCUCCUUCAGGGAGCACUCAGCCCCUGGUGUCCGGCGGACACCCGAGGAAGCAGCCGCGGGUGAAGUGAACCUGUCCCCAUCUGACUCACCGUACCACUACACGCAAGUGACCUAUAGCGAGGAGGAUGCCGACAAGCUGCUGCGCCUCACGCACUACAAUGUGUGCAACAAUCGUGAGCAGUUGCUGGACACCCUGCGUCAGGCCGUGCAGCGCAGGCAGCAGCACAGACCCCAGUGAGGGCGGACCCCGAUCCAGCUCUGGGUCGGCACCAGCCAGGCCUGUGCACACACCGAGCCAACACCAGCCGCAGCCCUGGCUGAGUCCGAGUUGGAGACUGGCGGCAGAAGGACUGGGGCCUGACCUGGCAGGACACUGAGCAUGGGAGGGUUUCUGGCUUGGGUUCAGCCAGCACACAGAGCAGACUGCUGCUUGUGAGCUGUGGUCAUUUUCCCUUCCACACUGUAGGGAGGCUGGGGAAACUUUGGACAUUACAGAGGCCUUCAGGGCUAAGGUGCUGCUGAGACUCGGUCAUUGCUGCAGGUCCUUCCAGGUA